AUGAAGUUUCUCUCUGCGAUCAUUUUCAGUGGUUUGAUCACGCUUGCAAACUGCUAUAAUAAAAAAGUGGAAGGCUUUAACUUUGACAUUGUGAAAGAUGAGGAUUUCUUAAAGAAUUACAAUACUUCAAUUCAAAGUACCAGCAAUAAAUCAAUUGUGUAUAUUACGUUGGAACCCACAACCAUUUUUAUUACCGUUACAAAAACCGUACAGUUUAAUUAUGGGAGCCGAACUUCCAUUGGAUCAAGCCAUCCACAAAGUGGUCACAAAAUAACAACCACAAAAGGGAGAUAUUUAAUUAAUGAUACGAUUGCCACAACUACCGAGAGUGCAAGAAAGUCCACAGUUAGCCCGAGUACACUUAAUACAAAUACCGUGUCGUCAAGCAACAUAAAUAAUGUUGCAAAAUACAGCUUUCUCUCAACUUCGACGAACGGAGGUAUAUAUUUCGACACUACUGAUAAGCCAAACAUUCUAUCAUCAGCCAUAAAACCAUUACAUCAGGCUAGCACUGAAGAUAUCUCUGAUAAUUUUGGAUCAUCCGAUCUAGAAGGCAGUACAAUAUCUUCUGCAAAUAAAAUAGAAUUUGGCAGCGUUGAUCAGAAUCAAGAGUGGAAUACUGUGCAGUCAUCCUAUGCUCAUGAUCAAUAUAAGGAUAGCUUAUACAUAGGAAAUGAUGUUGAUAAUGUUGGAUAUCAGAAAGAUCAUAACAACUCUAAUUCCUUUGAUAAUUAUGAUACCUCUAAUCAAUUCCGGGAAUAUUAUAACAUGACCACAUCCAUUUCGUAUGAUCAUCUUCCGGAUUCAGAGUUUGAUUUUAGUAAUGGAGCAAAUGCAAACAAGUUUGCUACCAAUUUUAUAUGGGAUAUCGGCAUUUACAUUUUCCCAUUUUCAUUUUUACUUUUCACAUUGGCCCUUUGA